AAAGCUUUGAAAAUCUGCAGGAGUACAUCACAGGAAAAUGCCCUGAGUUUAUGAACCGGAAUCUGAAAUUAGCGCAGAGGUGACUAUGCGUACGAAUUGUAGCAUCUAGUUCUUGCCAAAGCUCAAAAGUCAAAUUAUUAGCUUCAACAACUCCUUCAAAUUGUCAGACUCUGAACUUACCACAUCAACCAAAGGGGAUCAUAGCCGUUGACGGAGAGGAGGUCGGAAAUUCAGGCGGUAAUUAGGGGGGUCGUGAACGCGACGGUGAGUUUGUCAGUAUAUGAUCAUGGAGACGAAAAUGAUCCUCCCUCGGCCAACAUUAUUUGCAAAUUUGGCGGUAAUAGAAUUCAAGCAUGCGCCAGGCGGAAAAGUUCGCCACCUACCAUUCAACGUUAACGAUAACUAUAACUAACAUUCUUCUUUUUGCGAUUAUAACUGAGUUAACUUAUCGCAGGAACCCCUUUUCCUUUCUUGCUCUUUUACACUAUUAUCUCUCCUUGCGCACUUCCUUCAAUUUCAACCCGGCCGAUUCCUCUCCCCGAAUUCGGUCCCAACUCAUACGCCAUGAUCAAAGGCAAACUCAAGCUUCCUGCUCCAGACAAGCCACGGAGGGUUUUCCCCGACCGUCUGGGCAGCCUGGUCUCCGGAUUCGAGGGUAAGGAUGAAGAAAUUGAAGGAUCUGACUGCGAAUUUGAGCCGGGUAAAGAGCUGGAGCCCAUUCAACCCAAUGGGUUAGGGUGUGAGAGGGAAAGUGAUGUUGAUAAUGAAGUUAACGAUGAGGACGUAGACGCAAAAGUUCGGCAACGGCCUGCCGAAGAUGGUGUAAAUCCGGUCUCAGUGUUGAAAGCUAUUGUGAUGGACGAGAAAAGAUCCGAUCUCGAACAUGAGCUUUCUCAGAGGGAAAUUAAUAUGGAAAAAUUGCAAAGAAUUGCGAGCACUGGCAUUCCUGAUGGAGGGAGUUUGCGCGCAACAACAUGGAAGCUACUCUUGGGUUUCUUGCCAUCUUCCCGUGAACUUUGGGACAAGGAAUUGAAAGAGAGUAGGCAAAAAUAUGCUCAGUUGAAAGAGGAGGUCCUCCAGGAUCCCCCUGAGUGUACCUGGAAACAAGAGGGAGAAUCAAGUUCUGCUAUGCAGCAAGAGAAUAGUGAUGUUGAUGGAACCCUUAGGCGACACGAAAUUUCUCAAGAAGAUCACCCUCUAAGCUCAUGUAAGGCUAGUCUUUGGCGUGAAUACUUUCGGUAUACAGAGUUGGUAGCGCAGAUAGAUCGUGAUUUGCUACGCACUCAUCCAGACAUGCCUUUCUUUUCAGGGGAUUCACCACUUAGUCGGAAAAAUAAGGAAGCAAUGAAGAACAUUCUUCUACUUUUUGCAAGAUUAAAUCCUGCAAUCCGAUAUGUUCAAGGCAUGAAUGAAGUCUUGUCCCCAAUAUACUAUGUAUUUAGUACUGACACUGACAAGGAAAAUGCUGCAAAUGCAGAAGCAGAUAGCUUUUCUUGUUUUGUUCGAAUCUUAAGUGAUUCAGUAGAUCAUUUUUGUCAACAAUUGGAUAGCAGUUCCAGUGGUAUCCUUUCAACUCUUUCCCGCUUGUCAGAUUUACUACAAGUAAAUGAUGAGGAAUUAUGGCGUCAUCUUGAUUUUAAAACAAAGGUCAAACCACAAUUCUAUGCAUUCCGGUGGAUCACAUUGCUCCUCACACAAGAGUUCAGUUUGGACAAAAUCCUGAGAAUAUGGGAUACACUAUUAAGUAAUCCUUUUGGUAUACAGGAUAUGUUGCUUCGGAUCUGUUGCGCAAUGCUUCUUUGUGUGAAAAAGAGAAUAAUGAGUGGUGAUUUUGUAAGUAACUUAAAUCUUUUACAGCACUAUCCUGAUGAUAUCAACAUAGAAUACCUCCUCCAGGUAGCUCAGGAUAUUAGCCCAGACACAUCAUCUAAUUGUUUAUCCAUGUGAUUUAUACAUGCACAUUUUUGUUUAACUAAUAUCAAGUUCUCUUGUUUUCAAAAA